AUGUCUUCCCAGAAGCAAGAGAAGACCCCCAACCUAGUAAAGAGCUUGGGGCUCACCCCAAGUCAGACGGACCACCUCUUGAUGGGAUAUCUAUGCAUGCAAAAGCCAAAGAAGCUCGCGGGGCUUAUCAAUGUCACACCUGCUUCUGCUAAAAGUGCCUUUGGCAAGGCUCGACGUACCCUCGAAAAAUGGGAGGAGAAGAGGACCGCUGGAGUGGUUACCAAGCACGCCGCGCAAGAUGAAGAGGAUGAGAAAGAUACUGAAGAUGCCAUGGAGGCUACGGAGAAUGCACAAGCCAAGGAUACCGAGAAUUAG